AUGAACGAUUUUCCGGAGUGGCACUAUCCACCAUUUGCAACAAAUUACGGGCAUGAUGCAUGUCCGCUACCGGUGCCUUGUGAGACGAUGCAAGAAAUCUCGCUGGAUAAUGACUUCGAUAGCAACGAUGUGCCAAGCUUAGCUGCGGGAUUGUCCGGCUGGUUCAGCGAAGAUCCCUAUUGCUAUACUGAUAAAGGGGGCGUCAAAGAACUGGAUACCCCGGCAAGUUGGAGCACCACACCGCCGCAGGAAAGUGGCGAUCAAAAAGUGGACACCACAGAGAAAUAUCUGUACCACGUCGGAACUCGCAAAGAAGAUAGCUCGAGCGGAUGC